UGGGAGGUGAAAGGUUAUACUGCUGUUUGGCGGCCAUUUCUUUUAAGCUCAGCGGUUCGGGACCUGCUACAGUACCUCCUGCAGUCACGAGGGACAGGCUGCAGCUUGGUUGGCGGCAAGUAGCCUGCAGCAUUCGCCCGUAGUUACGAUGAGUUUACCCCUCAAUCCCAAACCUUUCCUCAAUGGAUUAACAGGAAAGCCAGUGAUGGUGAAACUUAAGUGGGGAAUGGAAUACAAGGGCUACCUGGUGUCUGUAGAUGGCUAUAUGAACAUGCAGCUUGCAAAUACAGAAGAAUACAUAGAUGGGGCAUUGUCUGGACAUCUGGGUGAAGUUUUAAUAAGGUGUAAUAAUGUCCUUUAUAUCAGAGGUGUUGAAGAAGAGGAAGAAGAUGGGGAAAUGAGAGAAUAGCAUCUUUUCUGGGUGUUUUUUUUUAUAUAUAUAUUUCUAGACAAUAAAGGGCUAAAGAAAAAAGGAGAGGGAAGCGGCUUCUUUUACUAAAAAAUGGAUCUAAUUGAGAACUUUAGGCCCAGUAAUUGGAAUUAUUCUGAAAGUAUCAAGGAACCAAAGAAAACCAAUUGAAGCUGUGAGUGAGAAAGAUUAUUUUACUGAAAUUUAAACUGGGUAAGUUAGAAAAAUAAGGUAUUUGUUUUGCACCACAGAGAAACUCACAUACUGAUAUGU